UCCUCGCCCUCCCUACCGACAACAUGCUCCAGUUCCUGCUUGGAUUUACUUUGGGCAACGUGGUUGGAAUGUAUCUGGCUCAGAAUUAUGACAUGCCAAACCUGGCCAAAAAACUUGAAGAAAUUAAAAAGGACCUGGAAGCCAAGAAGAAACCCCCUAGUUCCUGAUGCCUGCCCAGCACUGCGCUCUGGACCCAAGUUCCCUCCCGAGGGGCUUGCCUCCUUCAUAGCCGCAUCCCAAAGCUGUGUUCCUCCUCAGCCUCAGACCUUGCCUGUUGCCUUAGAACCAACAUGGGGCCAGAAGUCAAGGUUACCAGCAGCUUCCCUUCCUCCUGUAACUUCCGUCCAGCUGCUUCUGAGUCCUAAGACUGGAAUAUGGUGCUAGGUUAGCAAUCACAAUCUUUAUUAGUGCUCGCCCACCUGUCCUUUGGGAGCUACCACCUGUUGUCAAGAGAAGGAUGAAUGGAUUCGGAUAGCUGAUUUCACCAUCUAGCAGUUACAAUAGGAGCGUGUUACAUGUUUGUUACUAAAUUUUGUUGUCAAAGUAAUUAAAAUCAAUACA